UACUGGUGUGGUAAAGUUUGUCAGCGUUUGUCAUCUCAGCAAUUUUUAAUUGUAAAUUGUGAAAUUAGUUUUAAUUUAGUGACAAUGGCUGUUCUAGCAGCAGCUCAGCUUUUAGACGAAUUAAUGGGGCGUAAUAGAAAUGUGGCUCCAAGUGAAAAGGCUAAAGAACUGAACUGGGAAGAUCCCGACUACUGCAAAUUUUACAUGGUGAAGUUCUGUCCUCAUGAUCUCUUUGUCAACACACGGGCGGAUCUCGGCGUUUGCUCCAAGGUACAUGACGACGAGGCCAAGGCACUGUUCGAUAAGUCAACCUCUUACAAGAAACAAUCAUACGAAGAUGAAUUCAUUCGCUUCUCUCAGGCUAUGCUGAACGAGGUGGAACGCAAAAUAGUUAAAGGCAAGCAAAGGCUAGCUCUAAUCGGAAAUAAAUCUGAACCCCCGUCGUCGCUCUCGCCGCAGCAAACACAGCGCAACCAGGAACAGAUCGCGUUGUUGUCAAACAAGAUUAACUCACUGGUGAGCGAGGCAGAGGCAGCCGGCAUCGAGGGCAAUGUGGAGCAAGCACAAGGCCUGAUGAAGCUGUGCGACCAGCUGAAAGAGGAGAGGGAAGCUUUGCGAAAGCAGAAUGACAACAGCCACUGGUCACAGACGGCCGAGAUCGCAGCCGCACAAGAGAAACAGAUGGAGGUGUGCGAGGUUUGCGGAGCAUUCUUGAUCGUCGGUGACGCUCAGUCAAGGAUAGAUGAUCACCUGAUGGGCAAACAACACGUCGGAUUUGCUAGAUUGCGAAUGGCGUUGGAGGAAAUUAUGAGUGAAAGAGCAAAACAACGAGAUGAAAAGGAAAGGAGGAGAGAUGAAGAGAGAAGAGAACGUCAUAAGAUGCGAGAAGAGGAAGAGAAAAAGAAAGAGAAAGAUAGGGAAGAAAGAAGAAAGAAAAGGGAGGAAGAAGAUCGAAGUAAAAAGCACAGCUCCAGGGAUCACGCAAACCACAGAGACCGCGACUGGGACAGAGAUGGACAUGGACGCCACAGAGAUGACCGUGGUAGCUCAAGAUUAUCCUCUAAACAGAGGAGUCAUUCCCGGGACCGCCACCAGAGGGACAAAGAAAGAGAUAGAUCGAGACACGAGGACCGACGCAAAGAAAAUGGGGAGAGGGAGCGAGACCGUGACAGGGACCGAGACCGAAGACGUCAUUAGAGUCGGGUCAGUGUGGAUUUGCUCAGGUGGGCCAAGCGUUGAGGCGAAGAACAACUUCUCAAUGUCCAGGUGACUUCUGUUUGUGUCUAGAAUAGGAAAUAGACAUUUAAAUUCAAUUAUAAAUGUGUGUAUAUAGGCUUUUUAACGUUUUAAUUCGAUCAUCUUUGUAUUUCUUUUCUACAUAACUGUUUCUUGUGUUUGGAAAAAUAAAACCAAUAUUUUUACCAUAGAUAACUUUGGGUGUAUUCCAAUUGUAUUUAAUUUUUCUUUGAGGCAAUCAGUUUUGUUCCACUGGUGGAGUGUCAAUAAAUUCUUCAUUUGUAAAAAAACAGAGUUUUUAUGUAGUGAGGAGAAAAUUAUGCUUUUCUUUGUUACUCUCUUAAAGUAUUAACUCCCUCAAUUUCAUCUAAUAACCAUAGAAAAGAAAUCAACUUUCUUAUAAAGAAUUCUCAGCAAAUCUGUUUUUUUAUCUUGAGGAGUAUGUUAACUAUUUAAAAAUCUAAAAUCUAUUUAAAGACCCCAUCUAAAUUUCAACUACAAGUCAUUUUGUUGGUUUAAUUUCCAAAACUUUUGAUCUUGAACCAAACGUAAACAUUUAUUUCUUGGUUCUCUCAGUUAAUUAUUAGCCUCCUGUCAGUGAAAUAUUCCAGUUUCUAGUUUUAUGUUUAAGGGUUCUUUUCUCAUUUUUAACAUUUAAAAUUUGAUAUUUAGAGAAAUAGUCUUAUAUCCUAAGCCUAUAGCUAAUUUGCAUUUUUUUUAUUUAGAGUUGAAUUAUUAUCUUUAUUAACGAUUAAAGUCAGUUAAAUUGCUUUAAAAAUUCACUCUAGGCCACUAACACUUUUAUUAUUCUUGAUUUCAAUUAUUUUUUUUUUUUUAACUGUUAAACUCAUCUGUAAUAACACAUGGUAGAAAAGAACCCAACACAAUAUGUAAUAGUACAAACCUAGAAUAGUUCUCUUCAAGGAAGAUCCAUCCAUUCCGAGAGAUUUAGAACUUCACAUCUUGGACAUCGCUCCAGUGCCUUUUAGGUAAAUCCAUUUAAUUAUGGUUAUUUGUAACUUAAAUUAUAAGUUCCACUUACAAUUGUUUCGCCUCAGGGUAGUGUCUAAAUA